AUGCAGGUGAUGUCAGUCUGGGGACGACGAAGUUACAAGAGGAAAGAACGAUGUUCCCUGGAAGAUCUUCAGCUGGGCCUUACUAUCACUAACAUAAUGGGAAUUGCACAUCCUACAUCUGGAAAGCAGAACUGUCCAGAAUUAAUGAGAAUGGGCUCCAGGGUAGAAGAGAUUGAGGUGGAGUCGGGGCGCCAGGGUAGGGGGAGGGGAAAAUGGGAGACGGUGCAAACGGCGUGGCCGCCAUCGUGUUUGUGCGCCAGCUUCGCGCGUGCUCCGUUCUCCAGGACUCACGCUUCCCCUUGCCCUCCGCGGUGCCUAAGCCUCUGCAGUGCCCGACUCCGCAGGAGCGCCAGGGCGGCUCCUGCUCUUCCUGGACUCCCUGAAGAGGCGUUUGUCGAAAUGUCCACAGAAGGAGGAUUUGGUGGUACUAGCAGCAGUGAUGCCCAGCAAAGCCUAAAGUCCUUCUGGCCUCGGGUCAUGGAAGAAAUCUGGAAUUUAGCAGUGAAAAAUUUCCGAGUGCAGGAACUCCCACUGGCUCGUAUUAAGAUUAUGAAACUGGAUGAAGAUGUGAAGAUGAUCAGUGCAGAGGCCCCUGUGCUUUUUGCCAGGGCAGCCCAGAUUUUUAUCACAGAGUUGACUCUUCGAGCCUGGAUUCACACAGAGGAUAACAAGUGCCAGACUCUACAGAGAAAUGAUAUCGCCAUGGCAAUUACAAAAUGUGAUCAAUUUGAUUUUCUCAUCGAUAUUGUUCUAAGAGAUGAGCUGAAACCUCCAAAGUGUCAGGAGGAGGUGCUGCAGUCUGUAACUCCUGCUGAGCCAGUCCAGUACUGUUUCACACUGGCUCAGCAGCCCACCGCCCUCCAAGUCCAGGGGCAGCAGCAAGGCCAGACCACGGCCAGCUCCAUGACCACCAUCCAGCCUGGGCAGAUCAUCAUCGCACAGCUUCAGCAGGGCCAGACCACGCCCGUGACGACGCAGGUUGGAGAAGGUCAGCAGAUGCCGAUUGUGCAGGUCCAGCCACAGGGUCAAACCCAGUAGGCCCAGAGUGGUACUAGAUGGACGGUGCAGGUGAUGUAGCAGAUCCUCACUAACACAGGAGAGAUCCAGCAGAUCCCGGUGCAGCUGAAGGCUGGUCAGCUGCAGUGUAUCCACUUAGCCCAGUCUGUAUCAGGCACCCAAAUUCUGCAGGGACAGAUCCAGACACUUGCCACCAGUGCUCAACCGAUUACACAGACAGAGGUCCAGCAAAGACAGCAGUAGUUCAGCCAGUUCACAGAUGGACAGUAGCUCUACCAGAUCUAGCAAGUAUCCAUACCUGCGGGCCAGAACCUGCCCAGCCCAUGUUUAUCCAGUCAACCAGCCCUCUGAUGGGCAGGCCCCCCAGGUGACUGGCGGCUGAGGGCCUGAGCUGGCAAGGCCGAGGACACUCAACACAAUUUUUGCCAUACAGCCCCAGGUCAUGAGCACAGCCUUCCUCCCCAGAGGACCCAGCCGACCUCAGCAGCUCCUGCAGGCUAGGACGAUGGUGCACUAGGCCCCAUGCCUGGUGGCCGAGAUUCUCCAACAGAAAGAUGCAAUAUUUUUUGUUUCCUUUUUUUCUCCAAGGAAUCAAUAUAUCAGUAUGCUGAGCUGUGUGUCCAAUGCUAUGAAAUUAAAAUAUUAAAUCACA